CCAGGCCUGGCUACUGUUCCUCUCAUGUGUCCACAGAACCUACCUACCCAGGCCAACCAUGAGCUGGACCCUGCAAUGAGGAGUCCCCAGUCCAGGCCUGGCUACUGUUCCUCUUAUGGGUUCAUAAGCCUGCCUUCCCAGGCUGGUCACUUCCCCAACCAAAGCUCUGAUCUUCCUUGGUUCUUACAUCUCACAGAUGCUGAGACGCUUGCCUAGUUCAGAGGCCUCCUCUUCUCCUCUCCUCCAUUGACAGAGUCUGGACUGGUAUGGCCUGGAGGUGCUCACAACUGCUACUGGUCCCUGUGCAGCUGGUGCUCCUGGUCUCAGGUGUAUGGGGGCCCACAGUUAUAUCUGGAGAGUUCCAUAGAAUGGUAGGACAGAGCUUCUCCAUGCAGUGCCAGUACAAGCCUGAGGAGGGGCCUUAUGUGCUGAAAACGUGGUGUCGGCAAACAUCUCCAAAUAGAUGUAUGAGAGUGCUCACUACCUCCGAACCUCGGAAAGUAGUCAGGGAAUCACAGCACACGAUCUGGGAUGAUCCUAAAGCUGGCUUCUUCAACAUUACCAUGACUCAGCUAACAGAGGCUGACUCAGCGUUCUACUGGUGUGGUCCAUUUUAUGCUUCCGACAACAAAGUAACUGUUCUCAGAAACAUCAGCCUGGUGGUGUCUCCAGCCUCAUCAACUCUUCCUUCACAAACAACUGCUUGGAUCUCAGAAAGCACAGCCUCAUCAACUCUUCCUUCACAGACAACUGUUUGGAUCCCAGAAAGCACAGCCUCAUCAACUCUUCCUUCACAGACAACUGCUUGGAUCCCAGAAAGCACGGUCCUGACCACCUUUCCUGAGGAGAUCACUGACUCUUCCAUCAAUGGCUCUGAGCACAGAAACCAAAGUUCUUCCUCUCCUGGCUGGACCUCUCCGGGGCUUCUGGUCUCUGUGCAAUAUGGACUCCUCUUGCUCAAGGGCCUGAUGCUGUCAGUUUUCUGUGUGCUCCUUUGCUGGAGGCGUGGCCAGGGACGUGAGUACAUGGCAGAGACAGAGAUGAUGGAACUUUCAAAAUUACCUCACAUCUCCAAGUCCUUGGGCACGUUUAACCACAUCUCAGGGUAUGAGAAGAAAGCUAACGGGUUCUAAGUGAGCAGAGCAGCCUCAACUUCAGCUCUGCUGAACCCAUCAGGCAAGUUCUCGGGAGACAACAGCCAGACCCACACCUCAAAUCCAGCUAACUCCGGUAUUGCACACCCUCAGCAAUGCAUGCCCUGUAGCCCAGACUUCCCCAAAGAUGACCAACCACAGGAAGCUAAUCUGCAACACCCAGCUCAAGUACCUUCCCAGAACCCCACCCCUGGGCCUUUCUCAUCCUCUCUCCUGCUUUCAUUGGCAUCACAAACCUUACAGGCUCUAUUUCCCAAGUAAGCUAAGCACAAGGCCCGCACCUGUCCACUGUACUGAAGUUCACAAGUUUACAUUCUUGGUUUGCUCUAGAUUUCCUAAAACGAGGAGAAAAUAACUUAAAGGCUAACAUGGGGAAUCAAGAAAGGCUGUGUGCUGCAGACCACAAACCGAGAAAGUCCAGAAGUUAAAGUGGGAGAAGAAGGUGUUUUAAACAAGACUUCCCAAACCGACCCUUCAUGCAGCUGCACAUCAGAGCUGACCGCCAGGGGUCAGUAUUGUGCUGUCUUAUCCAGUGAUGCAAUUUCAUCCGCACAAAGUUUGCCCUUACAAAGAAGAUUGUUGGCUAGUGGGAGGAGGGGGUUAGAAUCCUGUAGGGAACAAAAAGAAUGUCACAUCUUUAAAACAAGAAGAGGCCAGAGUGAUGUCCAGCCCAUGUGACCUUCAGUAGAGCCUGGAUACUGACACUCAGCAUGAAUGUGGACAUCCACUAUUGACAACAAACUGAAUGCAGCCACAGACUUGUAACCAUAAAAAGGCCACUGUGAAGGGAACACAUUUUAUUCUUUUUAAAAUGUUAUGUGUGGGAGAAUAAAAUAUAGAUGUUUCUUCA